AUGGCGGCGCGAUGCAGAGCUAGGUACCCAGAGCUGGAAGAACCGGCAGAACCUUCUGGAGAGAGAGAAGCAGAGAGAAGCCCAGAAAAUGCUGCCUCUUCGCUCCAGCGCCGGCGCCGAGGUUCGGGCAGUUGGCCGUACGCUGAUGCGCAUGCGUAUCAACUACAGGGGUGGGUGCUGGGUUUGAGGCUUUCGAUUAAUACCGCAGCAAAAGAGGAAGGUAAUGCUAUGCCUCUUUGUCGAGCAAAACCGUCCCCCAGUUUUAUUAAUCUUCAAGCAAGUUCCCCACCAGCCACUUUCUUAAACAUCCAGACGACAAAGCUGCCCUCAGGAGUUCAUCACAAGCCCAAAGAAUGUCUAGGACUCCUGGAAUGUAUGUACGCCAACCUCCAACUCCAGACCCAGCUCGCCCAACAACAGAUGGCUAUUUUGGAAAACUUACAAGCAUCGAUGUCACAACUGGUUCCUGGGAGAGAAAGCAAGAACUCUUCUCUCUCAGUUUUAUCUCGUAAUCUGUUGUUAAAUCACCUGCCCCAGUUCCGUAAAUGA